AUGAAUAAUCUAUAUAAAUUAGUUGAUCAUUGGAGCAAACCUCAUAAAUACCUUCCAACGCCACCUUCCUCACCAGAACUAAAUCCCACAAUGCCAAUGUCUUUGAAUUUAACAAGCAAUCAAGAACAUUCCUCAAAGUCUGUUCGUAACGAAUCGGAAAACAACUUCAAUAAUGUCUCGCAAACUCCGCUUACCGGUCGUCUUACAGUUAAUAUCGUUGAAGGACGAAAACUUAACGUAAGCAACUUUCAAGCACGACCUUACUGUGUUGUUGAAGUAGAACGCAAUGAAUUCGUUACUCGUGAAGCGAUCAGAGAUAGUGACUUGCCCAUCUCAAGAGGUGGAAAGCAAAUGGAAUUCUUGGAUCUAGUUCGCGCAGCAACUUCGCCCGUAUGGAAGCAAAAGGCUGUAUUUGACGUUGCACGUCUUGAUGGUGAAGUACGCGUAUCAGUUUACGAGCGUGUUCAUAACUCUCAACCUGAAAUCUUUCUCGGUUUGUUGAAAAUUCAGCCCCCUAGACGCCCCAAUCAAAUGAUUGACGCUUGGUUCAAAUUGUCACCAAGAGGUAAAGAACAUGUUACCGGAGAAGUUCGUGUUCAAAUCGCAUACGAGAAAGUUGAAGUUUCGAAAUCUCAUAUGAAACCUGCCUCAUUCGAAAUUCUCAAAUUGAUUGGUAAAGGAAACUUUGGUAAAGUUUUCCAAGUUCGUAAAAAGGAUACGAAUCGUAUUUAUGCCAUGAAAGUACUUCACAAACAAGAUUUGAUCGAACGUCGUGAAGUAGAACAUACUUUGGCCGAAAAGAAUAUCCUCAUUCAAGCUGAAGCCUGCCCAUUCUUGGUGGGACUUAAAUUCUCAUUCCAAACUCGUACUCACCUUUACUUGGUAACCGAUUUUAUGAAUGGUGGGGAAUUAUUUUGGCACUUGCAAAAUGAAGUUAGACUUAGUGAAGAACGUGCCAAAUUCUACGCAGCUGAAAUCGUCUUAGCUUUGGAACAUUUACACAAAUACAACAUCGUUUACAGAGAUCUUAAACCCGAAAAUAUCUUACUUGACGCUACUGGUCACAUCGCCCUCUGUGACUUUGGUCUCUGUAAAGAAAAUCUCGCCGCCGGUCAAACGACCAAUACUUUCUGUGGUACUUCAGAAUAUCUCGCACCAGAAGUUUUGGCCGAGUGUGGAUAUGGUAAAUCCGUUGAUUGGUGGAGUUUAGGAAUUUUGUUUUAUGAGAUGAUUGCCGGUUUCAGCCCUUUCUAUACAAACGACACACAACUCAUGUAUCGUAGAAUCUUAUUCGGAAAACUCAAGUUCCCAAAAGGUUUCUUCAGUGAUGAAGCUAAAAGUUUAAUCAAGGGGCUUCUCGCUCGUAACCCACAUAAUAGAUUAGGUUCAAUGAAUGACGCUGAAGAGAUUAAAAAUCACCCAUUCUUCGCAAAUGUUGACUGGGAUGCUUUAUACCGAAAACAAGUUUCCCCACCUUUUAAACCAAACGUUUCAUCAGAUGACGACGUCUCAUGUUUCGAUCCAGCUUUCACCGAGGAAGAAACCAAUAUUGAUUGGCCUUCAGUAUCAAAAAACUUGAGCCGAAAUGGUACGAACGCGUCGAUAAAUAGCGAAAUGAAUGAUGCCUUUGGCGGAUUCACAUAUUCUGGUGAAACUCAAUUUGGUCACACUUCAUAUUCCGGCGAGAACGCACUUGGUCUCGGAUGCGGUUUCGAAGUUGGAGCAAAUCAAAAUACUUCCUCCGGUGCGGGUAAUUGGAGGGGCAGCUUAGAUGAUUUAUUGAGAUGUUAG